CUAGUACGGCCACAGGAAGAGGGGCAGCUCUGCUUGACGCUCCUGCCCCUGCUGCCGCUCCUGCUGCUGCUGAUGCUCGCCCGUGCCAUUCGGUAAAUGGGUUGCCGGUUCUGGUGCAGGUGCCUCAUCCACCUCCACCUCCCUGGAGCCCGCUCCCUCUCCCUGUCCGCCUCCCUCCCUCUCGAUCUCCAUCUCAUGGGCGUGCUGCUGUUCCUCCUGCUGGAAUGCGACAGGGAAUGAGGGACACAAAACCGAUUAAAUAGAUCGACAUCGGCAGUUUACGGCGGCCACGUUUGCUGACAGACAAGAGACAGAGACAGCAAGGAGGAGAUGAAUCGAGGAGCCAAUUCAUCAGCUAAUGUCUUACCGAGCGAGCAAUAUGCAUUCACAACUUCCCAAACAAGGCUGCUGCCCAGGGGCGUUUGGUGCGUGGAGGGUCAGUGGUCUGUCUCGCCUUCGCAUUCUGUCCCCUCAGCAGCAACCGGCCGCUCGCAACACCCAAAGGGGCAAGUCAAGAACUGGAGCGAGCUGGCAUGGACGAGAGCUCGGAAAGAUGGUCAUCGCAAAGUACAAAGACGUUCGCCCUGGGCAGACGAUAAUUGGGGCCUGAAGCAAAGGCAGAUGGACAUAUUCUGCAGCCCUCACCCUUCACGUCUAGUGUAUUACCUCCGUCUGCGAGAGGUGCGUGGUCCCAUGCCCCAUCACCAUCGGUUGGGACAAAC